UUUCCACAAGGUGAUUGGCAACGCGAGCAAUACGUGGCUACGUUUACAACACUGACGGAUUGUUUUGGUUUUGCAUUGAAAUAUAAAAUAAUUAUUAUUUUAGAUAUUUAUUGUUACUGCAACUCAAAUUACAUGUCAUUCCCAUCAUGACGAUUUUCAAUCUGUACAUAUUUGAUAAAUUUGGAACUCUGUUGCACUACGCCGAGUGGAAUCGCACUAAGAAAUCUGGUAUAACAAGAGAAGAGGAAGCCAAACUCACCUACGGAAUGCUGUUUUCUAUUAAAUCCUUUGUGAGUAAGAUAUCUCCUUAUGAUCCCAAGGAGGGCUUCCUGUACUACAAAACAAAUCGCUACGCCCUGCAUUAUUUGGAAACACCCUCCGGAUUAAAAUUUGUUCUUAACACAGACACUGCUGCCAUUAAUGUGAAGGAGCUCUUGCAACAAAUGUACGCCAAAGUGUGGGUGGAGUACGUAGUUCGAGACCCUCUGUGGACACCCGGCACAGUCGUCACUUCGGAACUGUUUCAGACCAAGCUGGACGAAUUUGUUAAACAGUCGCCAAUUUUUGGCAUUCGCAAUAUCUAGCUUUAAGUUCCAUUCCUAUUACUAAGUCUAUAUAUAAAGCAGUCAUGCAAAUUCCAUGUCGCCAA